AUGGGCUUGAAGCAGCGGAUUUCCAAAUGGCUGCCCUCUUCGCCGAGCUUGCCAUUAGAUGAUUCCUCGCGCGAAAAGGGCCGCAAUGUCUCUAGAUUCGCUUUCUUCAAGCGGAGGAUACGGUUGAAGGGCAACUCAUCGAUCUCAAUACCCCUGGGAUUUGUGUUGCUAUUCCCAUGCGUUGUAAUAGUCCUUGUUCUGCUUCUAUUUGUCCGACAUCCUUCAUCUCCCGGUGGAAUCCUAAUUCCUGCAGGCGCCCCGCCAUCUAUAAGAAAGAUUAGUGAAAAGUAUGAUAAAGUAUUUGCAACGGGAUGUCGUACGGUUGAGAAAGAAGUGAAAGGCCCGCGAGCCAACGCUGCAUUUGUCGUACUCGCCAGAAACAAAGAGUUGGAUGGCGUGAUCCAGUCACUCAAGUCGAUCGAGAGGCACUUCAAUCGAUGGUUCCACUAUCCUUAUGUAUUUUUGAAUGACGGAGAUUUCGAUGAUACGUUCAAGGGUACGGUGAAGAACUAUACAAGUUCUCCUGUGGAAUUCGGCAAAAUUGAUGACACCAUGUGGGGUUUCCCUAAAUGGGUUGAUCAAGAUGUAGCCAAGGAAGGCAUCAGGAAACAAGGGGAUGCUGCCAUCAUGUAUGGAGGGAUGGAGAGUUAUCACCACAUGUGCAGAUUCUAUUCCGGACAUUUCUAUAAGCACCCCCUUCUCAUGAAGUACGAGUGGUAUUGGCGUCUUGAGCCUGAAAUCAAGUAUUUCUGUGAUAUCACUUAUGACCCUUUUCUCGAAAUGGCCGCGGCGAAUAAAACUUAUGGGUUUACAAUUGCUGUCAAGGAAUUGCGCGAAACUGUCCCCAACAUUUUCCGUUACGCCUCUGCUUAUAUGCGAAAGAAUAACCUUAAAUCAAAAGGUCUGUGGGAGAUGUUCCUCGAAAGGCCUCCGGAGGAAGAGCCUAAACCCGAGGAAGAGAAGCAAGACAAGCUACCCGAGGAAAUCCUUCAAAAUGAGCCGGGCAAGAACACCGUGCCCGAUGUUGACCCAGAGGCUAUGGAAGGCGAGAAGUACAACAUGUGCCAUUUCUGGAGUAACUUUGAAAUUGCACGCUUGGAUUGGUUCCGCAGCAAGGAAUACGAAGAAUUCUUUGAGAUGAUGGAUAGAAGCGGAGGAUUCUGGACAGAAAGAUGGGGCGAUGCGCCUAUCCACUCACUCGCCGCAGGUGCUCUUCUGUCCCCCUCUGACAUCCACUAUUUCCGUGAUUUUGGCUACCGACAUACCACCAUUCAACACUGCCCCGCCAACGCUCCCGCCCGACAGUUGUCUCGAGAACCGUGGCUUGAAUUGACCACACAGGAUGAAAAGGAGCGCUUCGAAGAAGACGAGUACUGGGCAAACCCUGACCCUGUAAAGGAGAAUGGCGUUGGCUGCAGGUGUAGAUGCGAUACAGAUAUCGUGGAUGUUGAGGGCAAACAAGGCAGCUGUCUUGCUGAGUGGGUGGAUGUUGCGGGAGGUUGGGCAUCGCCCUAG